AGCACCAAUAGCAAACUUCGGAAGCUGAAGUCGUACAAAAGCCGUUGUUGUGAAUCGCGAACACAGUAAGAUGCUACAGUUCAACGGAUCAACUCAGACUGUACCAUCACACGCUGCACCCCGGCUCAUUGCCUAUCAAGAUGCAACGUCCAAGGUCCCUACUACAUAGGUACGUAAGGAAUCCAAUUGGGUAGAUUGGAUCGUCAGGGGUCUCGUUGAUGCGUGCCCAUCUCCCACUGAAACAUCGUGUAUCAUGGGUUGUGCCUCCUUCUGCUCCUUGUAGUUACAUGUUACGUACUUAGACACUAGAGACUCGAUGUAGCCUAUCGUUUUUCCCUCCAAGUAUUCGUUUAUUCAUUCAAACACUCCUUUCAUGCGACGACGCCAUUCAUUCAUUCAGUCAUUCAUCCCAUCCUCAUAUUCAUACCCAUACAUUCCUUUCUAAACAGUUCAGUUUGCUCGGAAUCCAACUACCGAACAUUCCUUUUUCCCUCCGAGCAGAUACGAACAAGCAAACACGAUCACGCCACGGGGUCACAUUAGUUCGACUUCAAUUUCGCGUGCUCGGCAACAUCCGAGCCUACUGAACAGAUCAUUCGGGUAAUGAAGAGGACGAUCGAGAAGUUAGAACGUUGGAAUUGGAUUUCGCAAUUGUAUCGAGAGUGCCGGAUAUCAUAUACGCACCAUGAGCCCUCUUCCAGUUGAUCAGGUGACGCAGUCGUCGUCGGCGUCGAACAUCGCCCGAACCAUCAUAAACCUCCUGAGAACACGCGACGACGAGGAGACCUACGCCAAAUGCCACCCUCAGCCGAAUAUUGAUCUUUGCGAGAAGCCCGAGGCGGCCAGUAAUACGACCACCAUCGUGCUCAGCGUUCUCGGCGGCAUUCUAGUAGUCGGCACCAUCGCCACGCUAAUAGUCUUCCACCUCCGACGCCAACGCAGCGACGCGCGCGAAUGGCCUAAAAGCCAACAAGAGCUCGAAGACUACGGCAUUGGUCCCAUGCCCUCCGCCCCCAGCAACAACGGCGCCCCUCCUCGACCCAAGAACGCGUAUCGCCAACCACACGUCGAAUCCGACUCCACGCACCUUCCGCCACCCGGUCGUCGGGACUCGCUGAAGUCGCUGGCGCGGUCGAUCCGGGGUAACCCCGAUGCGUAUAGGUCGCGACCUGACGAUACUAGGCAUGAUAUGAAGGCCGUGGAACCGACAAGUCAGUUAUAGUUAUAAGGGAAGGGUAGGGGUAGGGGUUAGGUGAAAGAGAGGAGAUAGGAGAGAGGAGGAUGAUACCCGUCACCGAAUCUAGCAAAGGGGGGAUCUAUAACAAUCAAGCAAAAAAGAACGAAAACGAAGUCGCGUAGAACAAGAAUAUGAAUACAAUAAACCAAAACAGAGCUGGUUCUGUCAUUUUCCACCAAAAGAAAAUUUUUGCUAUCAUGAUCAUUGCGUUGAUAUUGAUUUGUCUGUCUGGUUCGUGGGGAUAGACUGUGUAUGCAAGCUACCUAGUCAUUAUAUGUAGGUACCUAUACGACAUUCUCCUUGUGAGCUAAAUACUAC